AUAAGUUAUAGGAAACUUGAUGCAAUAAUCCACUCAACCUCCCAAAACCAAAGUAACCUGAAUGGAGGGAAAACCUUGAAGAUCCAAGUGUUCACCAUCUGAAACUCAACCUGCAGAUUUGUUGAAUUCAGUGUCUUUUGGCAUUCUCAGCUCAUUCUAUUUUCUCUUUGUACUCCUGCAGCUGAGUGGUACAACCAUCAUGGCUCUGGGACUGUGGGUAAGCCUGGACAGAGGCACCUAUCUCCGUCUCCUUGGUCCGUUCCCUGACAGAGCCCUGGAGUUCCUUAACGUUGGUUAUUACUGCAUUGCCACUGGGGGUGUGAUGGUUCUGCUCGGACUCGUGGGUUUCUGUGGAGCCCAAAAGCAGAGCAAAUGUCUGCUUCUUGGGUUCUUCUCCAUCAUCCUCAUCAUAUUCAUCACUCAACUGGCAGCCGCCGCCGUACUUUUGUACUACUCUGCCGAUGCAGCUGACAUCCUCACUGAGUGGCUAAAGUACAUGUAUGGCAUGGAUACUAUGAUCACAAACAUCUGGAACACCACCAUGACAAAGGUGGGACUCAAUGCAGACCCCAGCGCUGCCGUCCUGUCACUUUUCCGUUUUAUCUGCAUUUUCUGCUCUGUUCCUUCUUUCAUGAAUUGCUGCGGUUUUUUCAACUACACUGACUUUCUGGGAUCUAGGUUUGAGGCGCAGAACCAGGGCAACCUGCCACCCAGCUGCUGCAUGACCGACAUCGGCCCCUGCAGCCGCGCUGAGGCAGAGCGCAGACAGGUCAAGGGCUGUUAUGAGGUGAUCCUGCAGUCGCUCACGUAUCACGGCAACAUCGUGGGAGGCAUUUUAGUAAGCAUUGAAGGUCUGGAGAUUGCUGCCAUGGUCAUGUCCAGUUAUCUGUACUGCUACCUGGACAACUGAAUCGCUGCUACUUCUGUUGAGAAGAUGGAAUAA